AUGGCUUCUCGAUUAGGUUUUGUUAGGAUAUUAUUUAGAUCAAUUUUUUUAAUUGCAGAUAAAAGGAACCGAAAGAUAUUUUCAUGUAAACACUGUAAGAAGAACUUUACAUCUAAACAAAAUUUGCAAACCCAUGAAAGAAUACAUACAGGAGAAAAGCCUUACACUUGUGAAGAAUGUAAAAAGAAGUUUACACAAAGAGGAGUGUUAAUUAGACAUUUUCGCACCCACACUGGAGAGAAGCCUUACACUUGUGAAGAGUGUGAACAGAAGUUUUCUGUAAAGGGAAGCUUAAUUAGACAUCUUCGCACCCACACUGGAGAAAAGCCUUACAGUUGUGACCAGUGUAAACAAAAGUUUAUACAAAGGGGAGACUUAAUUACGCAUCUUCGCAUUCACACUGGAGAAAAGCCUUACACUUGUGACGAGUGUGAACAGAAGUUUUCUGUAAAGGGAAGCUUAAUUAGACAUCUUCGCACCCACACUGGAGAAAAGCCUUACAGUUGUGACCAGUGUAAACAAAAAUUUACACAAAGGGGAGACUUAAUUAUACAUCUUCGAAUCCAUACUGGAGAAAAACCUUACACUUGUGACGAGUGUAAACGAAAAUUUACACGGAAGGAACACUUAAUUACACACCUUCGCAUCCAUACUGGAGAAAAGCCUUACACUUGUGAUGAGUGUAAACAAAAAUUUACACAUAAAGGAAACUUAAUUAGACAUCUUCGCACCCACACGAAAUAAAAUCAUUACAGUUGUUAUGAGUUAAAAGAAAAAUUUUAGGAAAGUAAAGUUUAAAUAAACAAACUUCGUAUCCACUAAGGAGAAAAACCGUACGUCAAUUAUGUCCAUAGACAUUCAUUCGAAAUACGGACCUAGAAAAAACAUUAAAAAAUUCGCUUAGAAACAAUUUUUCUUUAAAAGUUAUAAUUUUUAUUAUGUAUAACGAUCAAAAUAUUUAAA